UGACCAAUGAAGACAUAUAUGUGAGAAUUAAGAAGCAAUCACAAGUGGAAGAAUGAAGUACGCAUAAAAUAUGGAGCCAGUGAAAUCACCUUUUCAGAUCAGCUCUGUUUCUUCUGUAAUCAUCUGCAAUGUUUAGUUACACUGAAAUUUUUCCUGGAGAAAAGGACUCGGAGCUCACCCUUCCAGAAAAGAUCAUUCUAACCUCCCAUCAUGGAUACAGCAGAGGUUCUGCCUGAAAAAGCAAAAUGUCCUAAGUUAGAGAUCACAGGGCAAGAUUUUCUUCAAGAAGCAAAAAGUCUCAUUGCUCAACAUUAUAAGAAAAUAAAUGAGAAUAAAGUUCAAGGUCCUUCUAUAAAUGUUUUUAGGAAUAAACACCAAAAACCAAAAACUACCAAAUACAUACCUCUGGAGAUUAAGAAAAAUGAAACACUUGGUGUUGAUGUGUCCCAAGAACAUCGGACAGCACUUCGACAUAUUUGUCUUCCCGAGGAGUCUUCCAAAUGUCGACCUUCUGAGGAGCCUUCAAGAGGAAAAUCUGCUUUCAAGGAGCCACAUUUUUUUAGUAUAAAAGAGAAACACUGGUCUGCGGAUCUUACUGCAAGAGAACAAGUUAAACUGGGUAAAAUAAUGACAGACAUUGAAUCUGUGAGUAAAAAAAUGGAAAAAGAAAAGGAACAGCAUGCUAGAAAGUCCAGAAUGUUGGAAUCACUCUGUGCCCUUUCCAGCCAUCCUGACGUGUGUUUACCACCCAUCCCUCCCAUGGGACCUCAGAAAGAACCUGACAAACCAUUUGAUGAUUGGAGAAGAUUCGUGUCAAGAAAGUCUUUCCAUUUGUCUCAUGUCUCCAGUUGGAGUCUCUCUGGGGCAUCAAGAAUGUUUCAAGACUCUUGGACCAAAACCUUAGUGAAAAAAGACCAACAAAAACUCAAACCAGAAUCAAAGCCGGAAAAAAGGUUCAGAAAGAAUAGUGGAUUUCUUCAAAGUUACAAAGUAAAGUUAGAGCUGAAGAAAGUUUCUAUAAAUAAAAUUGAUAAAUUGGGCAGUAAAGUUAAAAGAAUUGGACCGCACAUAGAAAUCUUCCAAGUGUUCCAAAAAAGAAACAAAUUAAUAAUUACCAAAAAGAUAGUUCGAAUGAUUACUAUUGUGCAAGCGCGAGUCAGGGGGUGGCUUGAACGCAAAAGACUUCAAAGAAUAAUGACAAAGGCUUUGUAUCAUGGACCAAAUUUGAAAGCAGUUAUAGACAUGUAUCGAGGACUAAUCUAUCGUGUUAAAUAUAGACUCGGCCUUUGGAGAACAAGACAAAUUAUAAACCUCAUAGAGCUGGAGGAAUGGAUGGACAGAAAAAAGUUCUAUGAAACGAUGUUUGCCAAGAGAGAAGACUGGCAAGGAUUAGAAAGAAGUGAGCUCCUUAAGUACUUCAAUGACUGUGGUCACUUCCCAACGCAGAAACAAAUCGAUGAUUACUGGGACAUGACCUGCAGAGAGAGACACAAAUACUAUGAAGCGGUCAGAAAGUCUCAGGCAAUUGAAAUGGUGUUUACACUCUAUCCUCCUCGCGGUGCUCACGUGGUCAAUAACACGUACAUCAAAUCAACCUGGCUGAGGCCCAUCGUCAAUGGCGAAGAAGGAUAUAAAUAUAUUGUGAGUGGACAUCCAAUACUCAAAAGAGCUAACAUCCGGAUUGUUGGGAAGUUGGUGGCCAGAUCCAUAAGAGAAAGAAAAUUGAGACAGUACUAUAAAGCAUGAGGAGUUCAAUAAGGUUUUCAAUACAAUAUUUUACUUUUAAUAGUUGAAUCUGUCUACCCCAAAAGGCAGGUUACUAAUGGCUGAAGAUCAAUAUAGUAUCAAGAGAGAAAGAACAAACAUCUUUAUAUGUGUAAAGAACUUUGACAAGCUAAUCCAUAAUUUCUAAAUAUCUUUGGACGAACAUCUUUCAUUUGUAUCUUAUACAUAAAGACAUCUGUUUACUGUAAUGACAUGAACUUACAUGUUGUGAAGCAUUGCUUUCAUUAAACUAAAAUCUGAUUUGUUCCAGUACCAAUAAAGGCCUUAA